AUGUCGGACUCGAAGGAGAAGGAGAAGGAGAACGCCCCACUGCCGCCGCCGCCCACCGCGCUCGCAAACGUCAAGCGCUCCCUCCUCGAGAAGAAGCGCGCGCUCUCUGCGCUCGGCACGUCCCUCUUCCAUCCGCCGGCCUAUGAGGACUACGUCGGCACGCCCCACGCCAUCAAGCGCAAGCGGGCCAGGGCGGCCGCCAAGCGGCACAGCGCCUUGGUCGAGGCAGCGGAGGUGGGCUCGUCGCCCGGCGAGGUAGACGCCGCGUCCAAGAUCGACUGGCCGAGCGAGGUGCGCGCCGAGCUCGCCGGCGCGCAGCGCAGCAUCAAGCUGGCCGUCUCCGAGGUUGCCUCGCGAGCGGACCACCAGGCGGACCGCCUGUUUGACGCCCUCGACUCGGUCGCCCGUCGCGUCAAGGACGGGGCAAACAGCCUGAAGGCAAAAUUGCCCAUCAGCGCCACGCCCGUCGGCGGCGGCGGCGACGUCGUGCAGAGCGGCGUCGCGUCAGUCAUCGGCAGUGCGGCAUCCGCCGCCGCCGCCGCCGCCGCCGCCGCCGAGGGCGCCGCCGCUGGUGCGGGCAGGGCUGCAGAGGCGGCGGCCGCAGCGGCUGGGGAGCGGAUGGAGGAGCUGGCCAGCGCAGCCGCUGUGGCGACAGACGCGGCCGAAGCGGCGGCAGGCCACGCGGCGGCGGCGGCGGCGCAGGCGGCGGCGGCGGCGCAGGCGGCCACCGACGAGGCGGCAAAGGCGGCGGCAGAGGCGGCGGCCGACGCGGCGGCGGCGGCGGCGGACGCGGCGGUGUUGGUGAGCACGGCACUUGAGGGCACAGUGAUCCUCGAGGAGGGCGCAGAGUCUGUCGAGCAGCAGCUCGAGGCGGCCGAGUCGGCACUCAGUGCGACGGUGAGCACGGCGGCGGCGAGCAUCGAGGCGGUCGUCGGCGCGGGGCUGGGCUUCGAUGGCGCCGACGCUGAGUAGGAGCAGCGGGUUCCAGACGACCCACGGUGCGAGCCUUGGCAAAGGCAUUGUACUCUCGGACGCCGGAGAGCGACUGAGAGCGAACUCCCUCUCGAUCCCUCGCAGCACAGUGAGUGCGGGGGUUUCCUGUGGAUCUCUCUCUCUCUCACUCUGAUUCUGAUGAGAUGAUAUCGCCCUCACACACGAGGGUCGAGCGUGUGUCUCUCCACGGCACUGUGCGUAUAACGUAUAAAGGACGAUUGGGAGUAUAUUCUAACGUGUUAAACCGUAAACGUGUGUC